CAACUCUCGAAGCUGUCUACCUCGUCCAGCCCAGCCCAGCCCGGCCAGGAGCAGUCAGUCCGUCAGUCAGUUCAUCCACCAGUCAGUCAGUCAGGCUAGCUAGCAAGUAGUCGUUGUGCAAUGCUCGACACUACUAGCUACUAUCGAAAGUGGUCCGCGUCCUGGACGGACGGACGUUUUGUCAACGGGUCUACGGGGUACUGUGGUACGAGGUAGCUCGAGCCCGUCAUGAGCUGGCUUCCAACGCUCGACCCACACCAUCCGCCAGCUACUCGUCUCUUGCCUGCCUGUGCAGUUCGGCGGCUUUCUCAGCUAAACAUGCUCCUUCGACACCAAGACACGCAACGCCGAAUAGCCCAGUCGCAGAUUUAGUCGGUGUGACCCAUCACAACUACCUGCCUUACUCGCCCCUUUCAUGGCAUCUGAUCGGUCCUCGGGCGUGUUCAGCCAUCGGCGGCGGUGAGAUGCAUCUAGGGAUGUCCUUGGGCGCUGGCAAUCUUGUUACGCGCUACGAAUAGAAGCUCCCUCUACCUCACACCAAGACGAUGGGGGGCUUGGCCCGAAAUGACCAGAAAUUGUCCCGUCGGAUUGGACUCGCGGCACGUUGGCCUACCCGUGACCACACACCACAGUACAUUGUUCCACAGACGUCGGCAGCGUCGAGCACUCGGCACCUCAACUGCAACCGCCCUGGGGCCGCACGAAACGAGACCAUCUGCGUGCGGUUUCAGACCUCAUGCGCCCCCAGGUUUUGACGGCAAACAUCCGAAGCUGCACCGACCGCUCCCCUCUCCCGGUCCGGGGUCCUCAGCCGGCCGCCCUGCCAGCCUGCUUCCUUGAUCGGCCGCAUGCGAUAGCCGCGCGGACCUGCCCUGCUCAUGCCCUGCUCAUGCUCUGCCGUGCCCUUUUUAACCCAGCUGUUUCAGCGGACGCCAUGAGAGCCGGCGACUCAUCUGCUCGACACGGCAGCUGCUGAUCAGAUAAAACACCAGCGCAGCCCUGCGGCCAUAAUGUGACAGACAACCAAACAUCCUCUCAACUCUCAGAGGCCAUAUGCCGUCGCUGCUAAGGGGACUCGAUACAAACACGGCCGGUCUCACGGCUGUUGGCGCUCGCCGGGGCGUCGACCACCAAGGCCCCAGGAGCAAGCCGGCGUCGUCUGCUUGCGCGGUGCUCUCUCUCUCUCUCUCUCGUGUGCGUCCGUGUGUGCGUCUCACCGUCACACCGAUUGACUCAAGGUUUUGCACGGGAACGUGUAGCCCAGACACGCAUGACUGGAACCAUGAGGCUGACGAGCUGUGUUUGUACCUCCUCGGAGUCUCAUCACACAGAGCAUCGGCUCGGGGUGCCCGAAGCUGCACUGAGAGGCUGAAGCAACCCUAGAGUACUGCGCUGUCAAACCCGGAAGACAGCUUGCCGCAGCAUGGGCAGCUGCCAGCAGUACAGUCAGCUAGCCUCACACGUUACUCCAGCCGAUAGCAUUAUCGCUGUCCCUCAGGGGUGCUAGUUUCGGCCGAGUGGCUCUUCUUUGGGGCAUCAGUUGAGCAACUUGGUCUGGUGUCCCGGCUCACUUCCCUGGCGGUACCCAAGCUUGGAUGCAAGCAAGUGCUUGUCAGGCCACAUGGCACUAGGUUCCAUGUAUCAUCCGCAGCCUGGUUUGUGCGUACGGGAACCUCCAUAUCGAGCGAACCGGUCACUUGCCAGGUUGCAAGACACCCUGCCCCUAUUCGUCGACAGGAUAAGGUGGCCCUUGGCUGGGUUGGCUAGUUCGUUCGAUGUUAGUCCGUCUUGAUAAUGUUUAUGCUUGGAAGAAACGAGGAUUGGCACCGACACGAACAUGCUCGGUCUCGCUCGCCAUCGUUUGUCGACUUGAUCCCUGGGCCCGCCAUUGUUCUAGAAGGAAAGGCGACUUCUACUCGCCCACAGUGAUCAAGACUAGAUGGCAUCACAACUACCCGAAGUUCGGUCUCGAACUCCUUGCUCUGCAUCGCACUUGACAAAUUUGCGCACAUUGUCUUGUGGGACGUCGAACGUGUUCAACCUCAUGUGUCCCAGUACGAGAGACAUCUGUAGUUACAAUCUCCAUAUAAGAGGCUUGCUUCUUUUACCGGACCUUCAGACUGAGCCGCCAUCAUGCGGGUGAUUUGUCCAGAAUAUUUGCACCUGGGCAGGGCACAGAUGAUCUCUGCCCCUCAAGCGGACACAACCCAUUGCGUUACAACGUUUUCCGCCGGUUGAGUCUCCUUACACACCUCCGUGCUGCUUCCCAGAUGUGCGAGCCUGUCGACUUGGGUCACCUUGUCCCCCAAAGCGCUCAGUAAGCUAAGGCCUCUCCCCGACCAGUCCGACGAUCCCACGACCAUACUGUCACGACAAUCACUCAGGGCGGCGCGAGUCCUCGAACCCCCUGGUGGGCUGGAAACAAUGUGCCAGCCACUUCAACAGACGGGACAGCCGCGACCAGCCUGGAGGCAAGUUUUGGAUUGGGUCACCGAGCUCGAGGGCCUUGCCGGAGGGUUGCGGUCGACAUGGGUAAAGUUGACGAGGAUAGGGAAGGGUGGGACGCCAAGUACGGCGAGGAUCAGAGGCGCCCGUGGCAGUAUGGCACAGCUAGGUGGGGAGACAAAUGAUGGCCACUUCUCCAGGACUGCGACCAUCACAGGAAGCUUCAACACCACUUCGAGGUGCUGUGGAAAGGGUGAUGAGGUGUGCAAGGGUGGCACCAGCAAUCAGGAUUGCGGCCCUGACGAGGAGGCUAUGGCAGAGAACAUGGAGCUGGCCUUUGAGCGUGGAAGAACUCUCGCAAGAGGCGUCCGGAGGGGCAGGGGCCGGGUGAACUAUCUUCGUUCGAGGGGCGAGUGAUGACCAACUCUUGCGGCGAACACGCGACUGCUGAGGCCAUGAGCUGCAGGGUGAGGACAGAAGCCGGGUUGCCAUCUUGACUCUCCUGGAACGCUGGACCACCAUCGACUCGUAAGCACCCGGGAACCUAGGCCCCCUGCCGUAUGGCGGCAUUCAGUCAACUUCCGUGGUUCAUGAGGGGGAGGGGGCGAGGGACCGAUGUGGUAGGGGCGGAAGUGGAUGCUGACCCUCCAAGGACGACCUCUGCGGAUGUGCUAUCAUACGGGCCAAUUAUUCUUUCCUCGAGACAAACACGAACGCAGUGCCCCUUGCUUAUCACAUUCCUCCUACAUGGUCUAUCUGGACAGGAUGUUCCGCUCGACUCGGGGAAAUCUCAGGUUGCAGGGGAAGCUAUCUCGUCCUUCUGCCCACUUUGAACAAUACGCGCCUUUCGCCCACCAUGGACACAAGGCGAACUCGCCCUCAUCACUACUUCCAGCGAGUACGGUUUCAGAAAAUGGUUGGAGG